UUCGAGUAUAACUAGUGUUAUCCGUAAAUUUGUGAUUUACUGUGCUAACCGAGUCUCCUUUCAAGUCAAAUUUUUUAGUGUUUGCAAAUCGCUGAAUUAAUAAAGAAAGGAUAUACUUUAUCCAACAAUAGAAAUUGCAUCAUAGAACCAAUUAAGGAUACCAAGAUAAUUUAAAUAUGCCUGGAGAGAACCGUCGCCAGUUCUACCACUACGGAGUAAAUCAUAGAUACAAUCCCUAUCGUGGCAGAAGAGGACGAUUCCGUCAAGCGCGAGGUGCAGGUGUACGCCAUCCUUCACGUCCUUUCUUUUCUCCUCAACCACCUCCAUUUCGACCAACUCUAUUUAAUCAAUAUCAACAUGAACCAACGCAGCAAUUAUUCCAUUCUAUGCCUUUUAAUUCAACUCUUCCAUAUACUGAUUUGUCUUCUCAUCCCAGUUCUCAGUUAUAUAACUCUCACCCAUUUUAUCAAGUUCUUGAAUACGGAAAUUCUAAUCCAAAUGUGCUGUGCUUGCAUGGUCCGGACCCAUAUCAUGCCCAAUAUUGGCAAGGUAAUAAUAAUGCACAAUAUAUGCAAAUGAAUGGAGUUGAUCGAAAUGGCUAUUUUGGAGCUGAUAAUUAUAACCCUCAAGCCAAUUACAUGAUGGGUAAUAAUAAUAUGAAUACGGCAGGUUCAUCAUAUCCAGCUCAAUGGAAUGCUUCCUAUCAUGGUUAUGGUGGACACGCACCAUAUUCCUUUAAUAAUAACGUUAACCCUUAUAAUCCAUCUAACAAUUUUUACCAAACUUUGCAAACAGUAACAGCAACGUCAAAUAAUCCACACUUUGUUACGCCCGAUAAUAUAAGAUCAAGAAAUACUUACAAUACCGCUUAUCCAAACCAGUCAACUGCAACUUAUCCCGUAAAUGGGUCAAAUCCUUCUCACUUCUAUGGAUGGACACGAAUGCAUGGUUUACAAAAUAAUUUCGUUAAUGGAAACAAUUACCAAAGUGCCGAAAUAAACGUAAGAAGUAUUAAUAGAGAGUUCCAUAGCAAUGCAAACAACAUCUAAACGACAAAAUAUUUGAAAACAAAUACUCAAUAAUAGCGUACACCUUCCUGUAAUAAAUCCACGGUGCAGGAAAAAUACUUCACAUACUACAAAAUAUCUUUAGUUCGGUAUUUUGAAUAACUCAAGUUUAGCAAAUCCAAAUGUCAACAUGUAUUUCCUUCAUUCAUUCAUUACGUAAAAGUAAUUUAGAUUUACUAAUUUUAAUUUAGAUAUAACUACCUAAAGU